AUACUUUCAGAUCUGUGCUGAAAUAGAGCUAUUCUUCUAGAUCUAUCCAAUCAGCAUAAAACGCUUAUUAAGAGCUAACUUCUGGAGAACACAACCAAUUUAACGUCAUUGGCGCGAAGACUGGCGAGGGGGAAUGGAGUGAUAAUUCGGCUUAUCGUUGUCCACGCCCGUUUAGUCGCAUGCCUUAUCUCGCGAGGUACUCCGGCUUACAAUUAAUAUACUGCGUCGUACGGUAGAAGAGUGAGUGCCCGCUCCUGCUCGGACUCCUCGAGAAAAAGAUGAGCUCGCAUUUCACACUUCUGUUCGUCGAGUCGGUGGAGGUGCUGCAGUACACCCUGCCCAACUACCACACCCUGUUGAAGGCGUUCCUGGUGUUCUGGGUAGUGUGGAUCAUCCUUAGGCGGCAAAGCGGAGGCUCGACGCCCUCGCGCGAGCUGCUCGAGCGCAGACUAGCCGAGUGGCAGCCGGAGUCGCUGGUGCCGGAGCCUUCGGAGCCGCCGGAGGAACAUCCCUCGCUCAGCCCCAGGCGCAUCACCUCCAGGAUUGGCAAGCGGGUGACGGUUAACGACAGGGACUGCCUCAACCUGGGCACGCACAACUACCUGGGUCUGAGCGACAGCAUCGAGCUCAUAGAGACCGCCGUGGCGGCGAUCGAGAAGUACGGCGUCGGUUCGUGCGGUCCGCGAGGCUUCUACGGCUCCGUCGACGUGCACCUCGAGCUGGAGGAGCGUCUGGCCAGGUUCAUGGGUAUGGAGGAAUGUAUCAUAUACUCGUACGGGUUCGCCACCGUGGCGAGCGCAAUCCCGGCUUAUUGCAAGCGGAAAGACCUGAUAUUCGUGGACGAGCGAGUGAACUUUGCCAUACAGAAGGGAUUGGACGCGACGCGAGGAAAUAUCCAGUACUUUAAGCAUAACGACGUUCAAGAUCUGCGGAAUCUUUUGACGAGGCAGGAGGAGGUGGACAAACAACACCCCACGAAGGCUGCAAAGACCAAACGCUUCCUGAUCGUCGAGGGUAUCUAUAUGAAUACGGGCAACAUUUGUCCUCUGCCAGAACUAUUGGAUCUCUGCAAGAGGUACAAAUUGAGGAUCUUCAUCGACGAGUCGAUAUCCUUCGGCACCGUCGGUCCGCACGGGAAAGGCGUUACCGAAUACUUCAACGUUCCCAGAAGUGAAAUAGACAUGAUAAUGGGAUCCUUGGAGUGCGCUGUGGGAUCUAUUGGAGGCUUUUGCGUGGGAACGUCCUUCGUCAUCGAUCAUCAACGUUUAUCCGGUCUCGGCUACUGUUUCUCAGCGUCUCAACCACCUCUCUUGGCAGCUGCUGCUAUCACUUCUCUAGACAUAAUUGAAAACAACUCGCAAAUAUUUGAGUCCUUAAGAAAUAACGCCUUGUCGAUGGACAAAGCUCUCAAAGAAAUCUCGACGUUGGAGUGCACCAGUUCCGCGGAAUCGCCUUUAAAACAUGUGUAUUUAAAGGAGCAGAAGGACCACACCACGGAGAAAGAAUUACUGUCUGCAAUUUCUAACAAAUGUAUAGAAAAUAAUUUGGCGAUCAUACCACCUGCCUAUCUGGAAGCAGAAAGAAUCGUACCUAGACCUAGUCUUAGACUUUGUAUAUCUGCUAGUCUGAAUAACAGUGAUAUCAACUUUGCGCUAAACACCCUGAAGAAAUGUACAGAAGAAAUUUUAUCGUCGUUAUGAGUCAAAUGAAACUUGAGAGAGAUAUAUAAUUUAAACAUUUUAAUAUUUUAUGUUAGAAUACAUCUAAUAUUUAUACACCAUAUCUAUAUUUUUAGAUCUUGUGCAUCAACGUACACAUCUCGAUUCACUCAAGUAAAGUUUUUCUGCUUGUACAAAAGUGAACAGAUUUGCUAAUAAAGAAAAUGGAUGAUGUGAAAACUAUACGUUGAAUAGGAGAAAAUGUAUUAACAAAUUAAAUUUUACUUCAGUUUUUAAAGUAUAUUUUAUAUUUUACCUAUAGAUUUUAUUCUGUUAGCAUUUAAUAGAAAACUUAUCAAACUUUUGUACAAUGUUAAGGACAAUUACUUCGGUCGUUGCAAUCAUUUCAAUUAAACGCCUAAACAUGAUACAAUAAAAAUGUAUGUUUAUAA